AUGAAUCACAUCUUAAAAUACACCAGGGAACACACACAGGAGAGAAACCCUUCAAGUGCACUCUGCGGGAAGCCCUUUGCAGAUUCAUCACAUCUUAAAAAACACCAGAGAACGCACACGGGAGAGAAACCCUUCAAGUGCACUGUCUGUAAGAAGGCAUUUGCAUGGUCAUCACGUCUUCAGAUCCACCAGAGAACACACACAGGAGAGAAACCCUUCAAGUGCACUGUCUGUGAGAAGGCAUUUGCACAGUCAUCAGUUCUUCAUCGACACCAGAGAACACACAGGCAUCAGAAGAUCCCCAAGGAGUGUAGUCUGACAUCGACUUGUGAAAGUCAAAGUGCUGCAAUGAGCCCAUCCCUCCUGAAAAAAGAACCAGAAGUACAUUCCAGCUUGGACACUAUGAAAUGUAUCAAGGUGAAAUGUGAAGAGGCGAUAGUGAAGAGCGAAGAAGUGAAGGUAAAAUGUGAAGAUGAAGAUUCAACUCCAAAAUCGGACCUUCACAUCGAUGGAGGCAACGUGAAGCAGGAGGAGAAUUCUGACUGAGGCAGAGCGAGGAACCUCCCAGGAAUUUGUGGAAGUGGAGGUGUGGGUGGACUUCUUAGACAAAUCAAAGUCAAAUGGAGACCCGGUAGAUGUGUAAGCUUGAGACAAUGAUGCCCCAGUAGAUUCACCUUUGUCACAGGCCUUUAAUGAAAGAAUGUGAAGUUGAACACUCAAUUCUUAGGUUCAACCUGCAGAGUAAGAGGGGGCAGUAUUUGCAGACCUGUGGGUUGGGUAUACAGUGAUCCCUCGUUUAUCGCGGUUAAUGGGGACCGGAACCCCUCGCGAUAGGUGAAAAUCCGCGAAGUAGGAUUGGCCCCCUAGGAAUUUCCGUAUAUGUGUGUGUGGGUACCAGAAUGUUUAAAAUAUGUAUAUUUAUACUUUAUAUAUAUAUUUUACUUAAAUCUAUUUAAUUAUAAAACCUUAAUAUUAUACAUUCACUCUCUCUCAUACAAUACGUAUUAUGGUGUUCUACACUCACCAAUGACAGUAGUAUCUUGAGACUUGACUCCAGUAAUGACGACGAUGACAACGAUGAUGCGCAGCCAAUCAGCUCACGUGAUACAUCCACUCAUGCUCUCAUUCGUUGAUCUCGCGCCGGGAACCAAUCACGUGCCUUGUCUGAGUGCCCAUGGGUAUGUGCAAAGCUUCUGAGAGAGUUUCUCUCUUUGUCUGGCAUCCUGGGAAACCGUUUUUCUCGCGCAUCACGAUGAAACAACGCUGCUUUCCGCAAUACGGCUGCCGAUAUGGCGGUAUUUUUGAAUUUUUAUUUUUCAAUGAAUAUUUUAGAAAAAUCCGCGAUGCACUGAGGCCGCGAAACUUGAACCGCGAAGUGGCGAGGGAUUACUGUAUCUAUAUCAAUUUAUAACAUUUUUGACAUGCGUUUUUCUGGAUUUUGUUAUUCUCUCUCACUUCAAAUAAACCUACCAUUAAAAUUAUAGACUGAUAAUUUUUUUGUCAGUGGGCAAACGUACAAAAUCAGCAGGGGAUCAAAUACUUUUUUCCCUCACUGUAAAUAAUAUUUUUUUUUUUACUUCCAACCCGUGAUGAGAGGACGGAAUACAUGGUGACAGCAAGCACACCCUUGCACAAUAGAUCACGACUUCACGACUUCAAAGGCCACAGCGCCCCUUUUUGACAGACUGCAAGUCUGAUGCAAAAAAUGUUAAACACUUCCAACCCGUGAUGGAAUUGUGGGGAACGCUGCCCAAAACGAAUACACACAAACAGGGAUACAAUUGUGUUAAAAGCUUUCUUUUCAUCACAUAAUCUUGCCGGCGAAUGUAUUAAAGCCCUUAGCCAAUUGAUGCACAUUUGUUAGACAAGCAAGCACACUACCGCACACCAUUGUUCCAAGGCAUUACGUUAAUUGCAUAAUCUAAAAAAUUAAUUCAUUGAGGUCUACCUUUGCUUAGGCACAUGUUUCUUUAUUACUGUUCGUAUGAAUAUUGUCACAUUAAUUUCAUGUCGCUGUGUAUGAUUACCUUACUCUGAAGAAUGAGCCAAUUGUUCUGUUACCCAGUUUGACAAACAUAAUUAUUGAGGGUUAAAUGUACGGUUCAAUGAGGACAUCUCCAGGAGUACUGUUGGCAUUCCUUGCAUAAGAGUUCGCAUAUUGGAAUGUUACGUGUUUUUUAGAGAUUAAAGUUGCUUAACACAGAAGAGUCUGAGUGGUGCCUUCCUAAGUCCAUGCAUAAUAAUAUUAAUUAUAAGAACUGUAUCUUGCGGAGAGAUCUGAAUAUUGUCACAUUAAUUU